ACAACGAGAGGAACACCUGCAUGUAUCUGUUGUUACAAAAACAUCAAGGCUUCUCAAAAUGCCGCCUAAUACGAAGCGUUACGAGGGUUGCACUUUUCGCCGUCGAUACGUGGAUGCAUUUCUUUUCUUGCUGGCUUCCAUAUUGAUUGGUCUGGUCGCGAGCACCGACGGUCCUGAACCGUCCGUUGAAGCCUACUAUAGCUCACUCGAAUCACGUCUCGGAUACUGGCUCCUCCUCGGUAAUGUAAGGCAUUGUGGAUUGUAUGCGAAAGGACAGCUGUCACCCUUUCCCAUAUCCAAAGCUCAGCGAGCUAUGGAGGAUAAAUUGUACAGGAGGUUAGGCCUAAAGCCAGGUGAUCGAGUCCUCGAUGCUGGUGCCGGCUCGGGGUACGUCGCUAUGACCAUGGCGAGACGCGGCCUCGAUGUACAGGCUAUCGACAUCACGCCGCACCACAUCGCUGAUGCAAAGAAGAAUAUUGAGAAAUACGGCCUACAGGACAGGAUCAAAGUCGACUAUGCCAACUACCAUAACCUGAGCCAGUUUCCCGAUGCAUCGUUUGAUGGAAUUUACACCAUGGAGACUUUUGUCCAUGCGGAUGACCCAAUUCGAGUUCUCAACAAUUUCAAGCGGCUCCUUAAGACAGGCGGUGUCCUGGUUCUACACGAAGCUGAUAUCAGUCGUGAUUCGGGAAAACUGCAUGAUGUGUUGCGACUUUCUCACUGUCAAAACACACUUCCAGAAGGUGCUUACGAAGAGCUCAUGAAAGAGGCAGGAUUCAAAGACUUUUCCCUCGAAGACCUGACUGAUGAGGUGCUGCCUAUGUGGAGACUCUUUGUUCGAAACUUGUCUGGCACCUAA